AUUUGCAAUAAAUUGAGAUGAAAAAUUACUUUUUUCUUGAUAUUUGUGUUUUAUAGGGCAUUGACAUCUGCCAUAAAAACAAGAGGAAGGUGGUUCGGAAGGAACCAAGAAGCCAAGACAUCUAUCUUCGGCUUCUUGUUAAGUUGUACAGGUUCCUAGCUAGAAGAACUAAUGCCAAGUUCAACAAGAUUAUCCUGAAGCGUCUGUUUAUGAGCAAGACCAACAGACCACCUCUGUCCGUUGCCAGACUGGUUCGUCUGAUGAAGAGAACAGGCAGAGACAACAAAACUGCUGUGGUUGUUGGCACUGUGACUGAUGAUCUUCGACUUUUAGACGUUCCCAAGCUUAAGUUGUGUGCUCUCAAUGUGACAGAGAGAGCCAGGGCUCGUAUCCUGAAGUCUGGGGGACAGAUCAUCACUUUUGAUCAGCUGGCUCUCAAGUCUCCCAAAGGACAAAAUACAGUGCUGAUGCAAGGACCCAGAAAGUCGCGCAAGGCCUUCAGACACUUUGGAAGAGCACCUGGUGUUCCACACAGUAGUACUGCACCAUACGUGCGCUCCAAGGGAAGGAAGUUUGAGAAGGGAAGAGGAAGGAGAGCAAGCAGAGGUUACAAGGUGUAAUAUGUCCGACUCGUACAAUAAAGAGUAUGCCAGUCAA